AUGUCACGUUCAUCUAGGCGAGAUUUUUCCCUUGUCGAAAUCAAAAAACAUGACCAACCUACAGAUUUAUGGAUGGUACUAUAUAACAAAGUGUACGACGUUACUGAUUUCUGCAAGUACCAUCUAGGCGGAAUAGAAGUAUUGUAUGAUUGCGGAGGCUCAGAUGCAACCGAGGCAUUUGAGGAUGUUGGACAUUCUGAUUUCGCAGUUGAAAUGCUACAGCCGUAUUUAAUUGGCCAAGUUGUUGUUGAUGAGCAAAAGGAGUAUCACAAAUUUGCUAAAGAGGAUGAUUCACUUGGGUCUGACGUUGUGGAAUCGAUCAAAUUUGACGAUUCAAAGAGUGAAGGUUUUACCGAAUACUUUUUGAGACGAGUUCAAGAAUCGACCAAUGUGAUGGUUUUGAGUGUUGUUGCUCUUUCAUCAUUUGUUCUACUAGUUUUGGUACAUUUGAGUAGGUGA